AUGUUGUGGGCCGCUGCAGAGUUGAAGAGCCGCCUACGUGCCACGUGUGUGGAGCCGGUGGCGCAGGUGGUGGCCCUCUUUCGCCGCAGCAUCGAAGCCAACGGCUUCUCCGAGCUCGUCGAGCUGCACCAUGCCUUCCUCGGCGACGCCGAUGUGCUAGGUUCCAACGCUGAUUGGUCGGAUGCCUGGCGGCGCGUGGGAGGUGCCGUCCCUUGGCGACGUCUGGACUCCUUGGUGAAGGACCCUGUCGUGGAUGUUCUGAAGAUUCACACCAACGGCGGUGAACGGCAAAUCCUUGACGGUGCCAAUGACCUCUUCAACCGCCAGGCGGUGCGUGUGGUGAUUCUCCACUCGGCGGAGCCACAUCAGCUGUGGCCCUCGGCGGAGUUCCUCCUGCAGCGAGGUUAUGCGGUUCUGGUGGAGCAACGCAGGAUUGCGGCCGGAGAUGAAGAGUGGCUGCGAAGCAGAGUGCAAGAAGUGGGUGGUCUUCAACUUCACGCCUUCCGCGAAUAA